CAUUUGUGCUACAACAGCUCACGACUUAAAACUCGACAGAUUUCAAAAUAUUUUCACAAAUUCUGUAACAAUACAAACGUUUUUCGUUUUCAUCAACGCUAAAUUGGACAAAGAGGACAACAAAUGGAGGAAUUAUGUCGUGCCACCAACAAACUGAAGAUCAGCGCACCGCAGCCGCUCAUCGAUACUUCCAAGAUUAAAUUCAGCGAGAAUGACAUGAAAGUGAUUUCCGACCUGAAGCAGCUCUAUAUGCAGACCAUCAAUCUGGAUGUUAAAAUGCAGCAUGAAAUUUACAAUAUGGAAAAAUCGUAUGAAAAGCAACACAACGAGAUAUUUGACAAGCGCAAAAAGAUACUUGAAGAUUUUAAGAAACAAAAUCAUGGCGAUGCCACUUCCAUUGAGAACGUAUCCAAAUUUUGGCUAAUCGUAUUGAAGGCCUCCUACACCGAAUUCAUUACCAAAGACGAUGAAAAAAUACUAUUGCAUAUGAUCGAUCUGCGAUCCAAGCACUAUAAUGACGAUACUGUGCAGUUUGUGCUCGAGUUCACUUUCGAAAAGAACGACUACUUCAAGAAUCGCAUUCUGACCAAAACCUACAUCUUGAACUGCACGCCCAACAAGGACGAUCCGAUCUCCUUCGAUGGCGCCGAGAUUGUCAAAUGCGAGGGUUGCCAAAUCGAUUGGAAGCAUCCAGCGGAGCGUGAGAAACUUGUCGCAGAACCGUCAUUCUUUGAUUUCUUCUCGCCACCCAUACUGCCCGAAGAUCCCGAAGAUCUCAACUUUAAAGAUAUUAAUGCCAUACUGCAGAAUGACUUCGAGCUGGGCUUCUAUCUCAAGGAGCGCGUCAUACCCAAGGCCGUUGUAUUCUUUACCGGCGAGAUUGCCGAUUGCCAAAGCUCCGAUACGGAAAGCGAGACAGAUGGCAGCGAUGACGACGACGACGAUGAAUCGAAUGGUGGCGAGGAGGCCUCAUCCAACAAUGAGUGUGAAGGGUAAACCCAAAAGAGAAAAACAAUCAAAACAGAGCAAAGCACAUCCAAUGAAAAUAUACUAUAGUUAAAACUUAUUUACACACUUUACACGAUAUUUUCCAUGUAUGUUUGCCACACCACAACACAAAUUAGAAAAAACGAAACUGAACAAUUGUUUAAAAAUUGACCAAGAACAUUAAUAACACACAAUAACCAAUAACCAACAAAUGGCUACCAAAAUACAAAUGACAUUAGAUUGAUCAAUUCCA